AAAAGAGUAAAGGCCAACGUGGAACGGCUUCUCUUCCGCGGUCCUUUCACGGAAAUUACUUCAUGUCCACGGAGUUUUACAGGGGAGCUGAACUGUAAUAUGGGAUCAGAAAUCAGCGCUGAGGAAAUUAAUGAUCACCAAAACGGAGACGUGAAAAAAGACGACGAUUUGCAAGGAAAUGUCACCGAAACAGCAAACGAAAAUGACAAAGACAGCAAAACGACGCAAGAAGAAAGACAAACGAACGGCGAUGUUCGCAACAGGAAAACUGGCAGGGCGGGAAAUAGAACUAAAGCCGAACUCAGGAAAUCUAUUCUUAAAACUAAACCUCCGAGCAAGAAGGAACAGCAUACAUCGGUAGCUUCCAAGUGGCUGUCAUCUGUCAGUGCAGGUUUAAAUGGCAAAAGUAGAACAUCGGUGAUGGUGAAAUUGCUGAUUUUCUUGGCAGUUUUGGGGCUUGCGUUCGCCACAAGAUUUUUUAACGUUACCCUUCCGUCACAUAUCUGGUUGGUAUGAAGUCAGUGUGUGUUUUCAGCCAGUUUCCUCCACAAAAACCUAGGUUUUGAAUUCCAAUUUAACCCAUGACGGGUAGGGAGGGGGGAGGUUGGGAGUUUUCGAAACCCCAGAAAAACAGAAAACAACACGAAAUAAAUUAUAAGUAUAGGCUAUUUGAAGUAAAUUUAGACUUCGAGAGGUCGUCGUUCUUUCCUCACAGCCAAGCAAGUGAAAUUAUGCAAAUUAAUGGUAAAAAGGAGGAGAGAUUGGGGCGGAGAGUUUGCCGCUCGUCCUUCACCCGUUCUCUCGAUCUGCUGUGACUCACAAAAAAAAAAAUAGGAGACUGCUCGCAGUCUAAAAUAACUUAGGAAUGUCACCCGCUUAGUUUAUCUCUAUUCAGUCUAUUUUAAGUUUAUUUCCCAUAAAAACUCUUUUAUUACGCUUGGGUACGUGCCCUUUCCAUUAACAAAAUUUUGCCAAACAGAAAUCCGUCCGCGAAAAACUCUGAAUCGAGAUUUUCCAAUCUACCUUUUAAAGUCAUUUUCACUAACUUAUUCAUAUAUUGUAAUAUUUUUAUUGUAGCAUCAGUGUAUAACACUUUCCCAUUUGUCACUAUGUCUUACCUGAAGCUUUGCAUGGCCGGAAAAUAAUUUGCAAACAGACAAUCAUAAAGACCAUUAAACAGUAAAAAACUGCCCUUAUUCCCCCAAAAAACUUAUCAUUGGUCUUUAUAGUGAAGUAUUAACACCUAUUAACAGUUUUGAGCUGAACACGAUCAAAAUAUAUACAUGAAUUUAUCAGCAUAUGACUAAAAAUCUGGUUGAUUUAAACGGUGGAGGACCCAUCAAAGCUGUAAGUUACCAAGCCAACGGAAGUUGUGACGAACAAUUAAUAUUUUUUGUAUGUCUAGAGAAUCUUCAGUCGAUAAGGCAUUUUACUUUUGAAUUAGAAAGACUAGAUUCAUGUAGAUUUAUGGUCUAAAAUGCCAAAUAUAAUGCCAAAUACCUCUUUCCGCCGUAACUUCCCUCAUUGCAUAGAAUGGUAUGCCUGUGCUGACUACGAUGACACAGGACCAAUUACGGCGCUUGCUCGUCGCUUGACGUUCGAGCGUCUCCUGCCGUCGGUGCACGCGCGAAAUCGAUGAGAUUUUGUAGUAAGAUCAAGUUGGCUAAAACUCAGCAAAUUAGCUGAAAAUUGUAAUAAUGACACCACGGAAAGGAGCUUCAUCGAAACAAGACAAACACAGCGACAGUGAAUCCGAAAUGAUUUCAUCGUCUAGGAAGGCAACCAGCGCUCGAUCAAACAUGGCGAGACCGUACGAUAAAGGGAAUGCGAACCUUUCGAGUCGUUUGACAGCUUUUGGCGGCCUCCUGCUCCUAGCAUUUGUAACUCGUUAUUAUGGAAUUGUCGAACCAGGUCAUAUAUGGUAAGAUGAUUUAAAUGACGUUAAAUUUUCCUAAAAGUUUAGUAAUGCAUCUCAAAGAAAGAACUUAAGCCUAAUUUUCCGGUCAAUUUUGUUCUUGUUUCGAUAAUGCAUAAAAUCUCAGCCAGUCUCUCAUGAAAACUUAAUUGUGAGGUUGGCAGGCAAAAAUUUGCUUGCAGACAUGCAAUAAACAAGAGGCAAAUGCUAUAUUUUUUACAGUUGCACACGUUACUGCUCGUACAAAUUAGCAUGGUUGUGUAGCAACUGUAAUUGACGCUGUUUUGAAAGCUUGUAAGCCCUUAAUUGUAGUAUUUGCAUUUGAGCUGUCAUUUGUGAUGGUUAACGUCGUUGUUUUACCUGCAAAAUGUUUUUAUCAGUGGUUAAGUUUUUCUUUUUUUUUUUGAUGGCUGUUUUUAUUAGUAAACAGCUGAAAACACAAGGUGCCAAAUUUACCAGCAUUUAUUUUCUUGCUUUAUACUCAAGCUUUCAGAAGUUCAAGCUUAGUAGUCAGUAACAAAAUCUUCAGCUUGUAUUUUGUCACUAUCGUGCAAACGUGUUUGUUAUCCCUCAGAUCCUUGGUGUCACUUUUUCCCCUCUGCCCAGAAGUAGCGUAUAAUUUUCUGGUAUUUUUAUGUUGAGAAUUUUUUCAUGCCUUCUAAAACUCACUGCCACCUGCAUGUGCAGUGAUGCCUUCAAUUUAAUGAGGCAUGUAAAUUAUUGUAAAAUAAAACCUGGAUGGCAUUUCAGACUGUUCUAGUACUAUGCCUCAUUCUUCCUUAUAGUCAAAAUAAUUCUUUGGUCCUUUUCAGUAUUUUGCUAGUUGUGUAUCAAGAGAAUGAAAAAAUAACCUUGAACAAAAUGUAUUUAUAGAUAGUGUUUUAUAAUGUCUUUCUUUCUCAUAAAUGAUGCAUUAUUAAUUUUGUCAACUUUAUAAUGAAGUGACAGUAUUGGAACCACAAGGAGCCUCAUGAGAUGUAUCCACUUAACGUUUUGACGGCAUUUUAUAAAAGAACAAUGGAAUCAUUGGGAAAAUUGUUGUUCCAGUAAUUUUUUUCCUUGUGGGUAACAUGGUAUAUUAAUAUUUUUAUGCCUUGGGUUCACCAAAUAUCUUAUAUUUUGGUCUGAUGUUAUAAUGUAUCGGCAUCAGACUGCAGGCUAUUUAGUUUGAAAGAGUAAGCAUAUUGGUACCCUCUCCCUUUUCCCCUACCCCCCCUUCCUGUUUGAUUUCUAAGGCUAUGAGUUUUGAGAUUGACUAUGCCUAAUUCAAAAGGCUGCCAUCUGCAGGGGAAGGAUAAAGAGAGGGUGGAAAAUCCAUCCUCUUGCAUAUAUCCAUAAUGCCCCUACCCCCCCCCCCCCCCCCUUGGGAUAGCAUCAUACCCUCGUCCUGAUGGGCAUUUUGUCCUGUCCCAAGAUUUGCUUACCUUAUGAAGUCAAUGUGGUAACCUUUGUCAUGCCAAUCUGUCCUGAUGGUCUAUCUUGGAAAAAUAGAGAGCUGUAAACUGUUGACUGAUAUCAAAAUCUGUUAUAAUUUCAUAUAUUUUCAGCUGGGAUGAGACACAUUUUGGAAAGCAUGCAAACUUCUAUCUUAAAGGAGAGUUCUUUUUUGAUGUUCACCCGCCAUUAGCUAAGGUAUGUUUCUGACUUUUAGUAAUCAUUUUAUUCUUUUUACUAUAAAAGACAAAAGCUACUGGUAUUUUUAAGAAGGUACCCAUCACCUUGAAAUUUCUGUCUCAUAUACAAAUCUAGGUGACAGCAGGUCACAUUUUCAGCUGUUACAGAUUCACCUCUUGUGCCACCACAAUUUCAGCCAAUCAGAACAGGGUAGGAUUUCAAGCAAUGGAAGAUGAUGCUAGCAAAGUAUUGAGCAAAGUUUAAGAGUUUUAAGAACUCUCAAUAUAGAAGAGCAACAACUCUAAGAUAAGAUUAGGUGCAGCUGUAGUCAUUUAUGAGCUCAGCAAUUUUCAUGGGCAAAGAAGACUUGAAGGACGUUUACACAGUGUUAGUAGCUGUUCAGUACCUCAUGGGCUCAUGCAUGGUUCAUGGUCAAUGAUUAAGAUACUUUUUCUCUAUUGUAACAGAUGUCGAUAGCAAUGGCAGGAUAUUUGAGUGGAUACAAUGGUUCAUUUCCAUUUGACAAACCUGGAGAUCAGUAUGGAGACAACCCCUAUGUAGGAAUGAGAUUGGUAAGAUAUCUCAUUUACCUUUGCCCCCACUCGAUUAGUAGUUCUAUUGACUGGGUAGUUAAUAAUUCAGAUCCACUCAUUAACAUAGUUAUCAUCAUCAUCAUCAUCAUCAUCGUAGUCAUCACUUAUGGUAUUACUUUUUAGGCAUUUGUUUUAAGAAAAACUAAAUAAAGUACACUGAGAAAUAGUCAUAAUAAUAUCUUUUAUGUUGAAUUUUUAUAUUAAUUUUUCUUUUUCACAGUGUGUAAAAUUUGGUGUUUCAUGUUAACUGACCAGGCCUUUAAAAACAACAACAAAAAAAUCAAGACUUCUUUGAGGGAAAUUGACCUUAUACGAUAGUUAUGCUACCAAACUUUCAAUAGAAAAAUGAAUAUAUAUUGCGUGAUGCACUAAACUACUGGCCACUUUGAUAUACUACUAUUUAAGAUGAGAACAAUUUUCACAAUAUUGUUCGUUAGUUCUGUGCAACAUUAGGAGCCUUGUGUGUGCCGCUGGCUUAUCUUACUGUGUGGGAACUCACCAAGUCUACAGGGGCUGCUAUUCUGGGCACAGCAUUUAUUGUGUUUGGUAAGUCAGAUGUGACAGGUAUUUUGUUUUUUCAAUGUUAGCUGUUUCACUCAUUCUAUGAACUCACUGGUAUGAUUGUUUUAAUUUUCAUUUGUUCCUUAUGUUUAGAUCACGGGUGUAUAACUAUUUCACAGUACAUUCUUCUGGACCCAAUUUUAAUGUUUUAUAUCAUGCUUGCAACAUACUGUUUUACCAAGUUUCAAACCUGCAAAACUAAGUAAGUGUUUAUAUGUUAAUUUAUUAUGCUUUUCUGAUUAGUUAAAAUUCAGCAACUUGUACUUGGAUUCUGGUCUUUGGUCCAGUCAUUAGAGAAUAUAUUGGACAAGUAGCUUACCCUGGAUAGUUUCUUGCUAGUCUUAGUUUGAGUUUGAUCGUCCCAGUGAACGUAGUCCUGAAUAGGACUGUUGUUGACAGUGACUGACAUUUCGACAACCUGUGCGGUAGUCAUCUUCAGAGUCAGUUUCACCCGUACGAUCGAACUCAACCUACUUUUGAAAUGACUCCUGGGUUCAAACUUUUCACGGUCUUAGUUUAUUACUUAGUUAGAAGAUGACUUGUCCAGAUCCUUGUCUUUUGUAGGGUGUCAAAUUCCUUUUUUCUGCAUUUUUUUCAUUGUUUUGCAUUGUGCAAGGAAACUUUCCCAGGGUGAUUGUCAUGGUAACAACAAUACCAAAUAUCUGAACAACCCCCUCUCCACCCUUUCCCACUAACAACAUACCCUCCUGACAUGGAGUGUUGUGUUUUAUGGCUUUCUUGUGUAGAUGCAAAUAAUCAGAUAUCAGGUCUUUUACACAAAGAAUUGCAUUCUUGAAUAGGGUUUGCUGUUCAGAAUGUUUAGAUGAGAGAUACACAAAGAACAUUUUCCUUUUUUUCCAUUGGGAUGAGAUUUCAUAUUUGGUCCUAUUUUUAGCUGCUUUCUUUCCUAUUUCUUUUUCGUUUUUCUGACCUCAAUCUUUCAAUUUUUUUCCAUAUAAUCAAGUGAGUAUGAAAAGUUACUUGCCCAGUAGGGCUGACUGCUUAGUAUUGAUGAUGAGACGGUUCUUUUUUCAAAGCCUUGUAAAUCAUAAAUGUUUUUUUAAUCUUCUUUUGUUUUUUGUCUGCUCUCCCCAGUCCUUACACCUUUGAAUGGUGGCUUUGGAUGACCGCAUCAGGAGUCUCUUUGUCAUGUGCCUUUAGGUAGGAGAUGGUAUAACUACACAUAAGUAAAAUUAACAUGUACAAAAUAACAAAAGCUUUCUAAAAAAUUCUUUAAAUAAAAACUUUUGCACAGACAAACUCUGCACCACCACCGAUGAGACAGUCAAAUUUAUCGUUGUAUUUAGAAAGCAUGUUAAACCGCUGAAGAGGAAAUGCAGGCAUUGUGGCCUUUUGUUUGACUGUGGGUGGGGGAGGUGGGUGGGGUGAUUUUGGCUGAGCACUGAUGAAUAAUUUCAUUACCAUACGCAUGGUGAAAAUGAAAGUCAACAAAAGCUAUAACCAGCUCUUUUUUUCAUGGUGUUGGAUUAAGAUGUUUUAAGUCUUUCUUCUGGUUGUUUUUGCUUGGUUGUUGAGCUUAAUCCUAAACACACUUAAUCUUGGCAUAUUUUGACAUAUGGGAUAAAAUUGUUUGUGUUCAUUCCCAGUGUGUUGAUCUUUAAUAACAGACAUCCAAACCUUUAUGUGCAAAGUCUAUCUGGAGGUUUUUACUUGCAUUAUAGAUCUAUAUGGCUUGCAACUUUUUGAGAAUUAUACUCAAACAAUAAAACAGCUAAAACUGUUAGCCUCAUGUGGCUAAAGACUAUAUACUCACUUGCUUGAUUUACGCUUAAGUUACCAUAGUUCCUUUUUUCCCAUUGCACUUUUUUUUUCAUCCGUUUAGCUGCAAGUGGGUUGGACUCUUUGUGAUUCUCUGGGCUGGUAUCACAACAGUGUUGAACUUGUGGGACCUGCUAGGAGAUCUUACUUUAUCACUUGUAAGUUCUGCUACUUUUGAAUACAUGUCACCAUCAUUCUAGUUAAUAUUAUUAAUUUUAUUCCAGUCAAAUUGUAAUCAUUUGAUCCCUAACAGCAUGCAUGUUGAAGAUAGCAGCUUACCUUUUCAAAGUUUCCAUUUAUUCAAUUCUGCUGUAAAAAAAUGAUAUGAUUAUACAAAUUGUAGUGACACGUUAUACAGACUCAGUUCUCAAUACUUGAUUCCUCAAGAAUCAGUUACUCAGAAUCAAGACUCGCACAACAGAAAACAAAAGAUGUACACUUGUAAGCUUGUCUUGAGCUUGUAUCGAGCAGGAAUCAACAAUUAUUGCAAAUGCAGCUUUUAUAGCCACGUUUUCCAGGAUUUUCACAUUAUUGUUGGGAGGGGCCCUCCUUGUGCAGUGUUUUCAAAAUCAGCCGUCGGCUGUCGCAUCCGACGGCAACUUUUUGAUUUGCGACGCCUACUUUCCCUUCGGUAAAUUAUAUGAUAAAUAAAACUUUUGAUAAAAAGUGGUAAGUGUUCACAAAGCUGUUGCGAGCAAGCAAACUUGAAAUUUUUCUGGAGAAUUUCGCCAAACAUCGCUUGAGUCUGCUUUUAAAAUACGUUCUCUGCGUAAUACGUUGAGUAAACGUUGAGGACGACUCGAAGACUGGGUCUCAGUUACAGGGAACAUCCGGAACAUUGUAGUUAGCGGUUUCUGAAGCCACUCUAUAUAAACCGCCACAUUUCGUCUCCAAGAACACGGUAAAAUGGCAGAAAAGCGACAGCGUGGUUUACGGGAGAUAUGGUCGCUGACAGUGACAAACAAGAAAAAGAAAAAGGAUGCUGCAGGUAAUAAUGUAAUGUUUUCCCGAAGAUUACCCAAACAGAUGCCGGUACGCAAACGGAAGGGGAAAUAGUUCAAAUUGAGGAGAAAGAACAAGAAGAAGUGGUAGCAAAAGUCUUCUGCCUAGAUGAAGAGCAUGGCAAAUCGGACGACAGUGAAGCACAUGACAGUGGAUGGGAGGAUGAUGACGAUGAUAGUGAGGACUUUUCUGACUAAAAGUCUUUUUCUCAGAAGACAAAGAAUCUCCAUGUUUCGACUUGUAGAUACUACCAUAUUUCUGCAUAUUUCACUUCAAUUGAAUGAUGUAGUAGGACUGAACGGUGUUUGUGAUCGAUAAGUAAUAAGGAUAUUCAAAAUUGUAAAUUUUGUUUGAGUUUAAAACAGUUCGUGUAUAGCUUUAGUAUGUUUUUGAGCCUUUUCCAGGCAUCAAGAGAAGGCCCAGAAAAAAUGCUUCUGUCUAGACUGGACAAACAGCUAUCCAAGUACAUGGGUCUACAUGAACAAAGUAUACACAAGUAGCUUUUGUUGGUUAUUGAAAAUUCAAUUACCUUCGCUGUUUCUUAAUCACUUUUACAGUUUUCAACCCAAAUUAUGUACUAAUCUUUAAUCUUUAAUCUAAUCUUUAAUCAUUAUUUAUACACGGUAAAAAAAAAUCAUCAGGUACAAUAAAUUCCUAUACAAUGACUAACAUACUAAAGCCUUAAAAUCCAAAUCUUAACAUUAAAUAUUAACUUACAACAAUAUGCCACAUAAAAACCCUGAUUGUGGUUAAAGCGUACCCUAAUAUUGUGGUUAAAGUUACUAAAAGCAUCAAAAUUUAUCAGUAUUUUCGAUAUCUAAAAUUUGCUAGUUCUGCGUCUCAAAAUGCGGGAAAAUGCGUCUCCAAGAGUCUAGAAAUUAAAAAUUUCCUGGGGGGGCAUGCCCCCAGACCCCCCUAGAGAGCAAGGCCCUCCGGGCCUUGCAACUCCUUCUCAAAUAAACGCAACUCCUACUUCAAAAACUGUUGAAAACCCUGUUGUGAUCAGUCAUGGACACCCUGUGUUAUUUCCUUUCUGAAACACUCACUGCCUCAAGGCAAAUGGAAAUCACAGAUCAAAUUUUGACAUGGUCUGCUGAAUUAAUAUUCAGAGUAAAGCUUUCCUUACGGCAUAUUUUAUAUAGUAUGUUUUUCUUUUUUUUAGUUUGAGAUUGGUAAACACUUUAUGGCUCGAGUAUUGUGUUUGAUCAUGGUACCAAUCAUUGUUUAUCUCUUCUGGUUUGCCAUUCACUUCAAGCUGCUACCAAACACGUAAGGAAAACAUUGGAUAUGUCUUUUCUUUUUUCAACUACAUGCACUCUAUGUACUCUUAACUCAGUAUUAUUAUUAAUACUGAUUCAUUGUAAACAGUAUUAUUUAAGUAGUACUGAAUGAUAAUUUGUAUAAAAUAUUGUAAAAUUAAUUCAGCAGAAUCUCUUGUUAUGAACAAAGAAAAGCCAAGAAGGAUACAAUAAAAUUUUGGUUUGAUUUUUUUUUUUACAGUGGCCCAGGUGAUGGAUUUUUCAGCUCAGCAUUCCAGUCAACUCUGAGAGGAAAUCAGCUCUACAAAAGUGCAGUGCCUGCUGGUUUGUAGAUAAAAUUCAAUGAUACUGUUGUUAAAGUCCGUUUGAGUUUGAUGAAAAUAAAAGAUAGAACUUAUUUCAUCUUUUUUGUCUUUUCAGACCUUGCUUUUGGUUCCAUCGUGUCUAUCAAGAAUACACGGGCGGGAGGAGCUCUGUUACACUCUCACUCACAUUUGUACCCCAAGGAGCACGGCCCAGAGCAGCAACAGGUGAGAUCAGCUGACUUCGAACUUAAUGACAUUUUCCAAGCUGCAACUAUUUUGGUUACCAUGAUGAACAAAAGAAUAUUAGUGACUUAAAUAUUUAUUUAUUGUAUAGUAUUUAUAGUCACCAAUUUGCCAUACAGUAGUCCUGAAAAGUCGUGGAAAUUAUUGUCUUUUAAAAUCGUGCCAUGCCUUUCCUUCCAGGUUACAUGUUACUCUCACAAGGAUGACAACAACAAGUGGUUGAUAAAGAAAGCUUAUGAAGAUUAUGGUGAGUAUUGGAUAAUGACUCUUAAGCAAUUGGUGAUAUGCAGGCAAUAAGUUGCAGAAAUUAUAAAAAGCCUAAAUUAAUUUGAUUUAAAUGACCUUUUCGCUGUUUAACAAUGAACAACCCUGUCUGCAGAUGAAAAGCAGCCUUUGGAAUUUUUGAAGAAUGGUGACUGGAUUAGAUUGGAACAUGUUGCGUAAGUAAAUGUGUUAGUGAAAUGUUUGUGGAUGGUACAUGUAGAACUUUACGAACAUGCUGCUAAUGAUAGUGACAAUAAAAAUGGAGAGGAGGAACAGCCUGAUUACCAACUGCUCAAACACUUGGCUUUUCUUACAAGUUGGACAAACAACUUUUUUGGCUUACCUAACCGCCAUUGUGUGUGCAUGUUUUUGAAGGGGUACAAUGUUGCUGCAGUGACUCUUGAUGUAAUGUUGAAUUGUCCCUUUAGUUUCAAAAGUAAACUAUUAGGCAACAUACAAUGUCUAGUAGCUAGUUUAUCAGAAGUCUCUUGGAAUGUUUUCCCCAUGCUCUCUGAAAGUUACGGAAUGUUAAUUCUAUGUUCAUGUUAAAGCAUUCAGUUUAUUGAAAAAAAAAGCUAUAAACAAAUUCAAAUGUAAUUAACUUUGUUUUGUUUCAGUACAAAGAGAAAUCUUCACAGUCAUGCAGAAAAAGCACCUCUUACAACACACCACAACCAAGUGACAGGCUAUGGAGAUGUAAGGGGCUUUGAAUGUGUGCAUCAUAAUUGUAGAUGAAGUUGUUAUUUAUACACAUAAUUAAUUGCUGUAGCCUCAAAAUAAGUUGAACCUUUAUAAAUCCUGCAGUGGGGAUAUGAAUGAAGCUGUACAUUGUGGAAAUAAUUUAUAUCGCUCUUGAUCAAGACUAGAGACAAAUUUUGCCUUGGAACUUGUAACGGAAAAAAAUUCUCACUGUAAAAAAAACUUCUUCUUAAAUGUCUUCUCAAAGGUCUCACCUACAGUUUUCUAAUAAUUCUUUUUUCGUGCGACAAAUUAAAGACUUAUUGAUUUCAAAUUAGUUAUUUAUUCAGAUCAAAGCUCUAUCCAUGCUGGUCUCAUAGCUCUUUUGCACUUACAGUCGCUCAAUCAACAAUAUAAAAUUGUAUUAUUGAUCUCAUAGAAUGGGAAAGGUGAUGGAAAUGAUUUUUGGAAAAUCGAGAUAGUGAGUGGUGCAGGUAAUGAUGGACGAGUUAAAACUGUAAAGACUGUCUUCAGACUCAUUCAUGUUUCCCUUGGCUGUGCCCUUCAUGGUAGCACUCAAGUUUUACCUAAAUGGUAUGUGUUAUUGUGUGUAAUGUGACUGCAAAUUCGCUGUAACUUAACAAAAAGAACUACUUAAAAUCCCAUUGUUUACUCCCUUCCUCAAAGAGACUUCUAAGUCAAGGUUAGUUUACACCCUACUACAAUAAAUUGUCAGCGUGUAUAAUUUGGACUUUAAGUCAUGAUAGCAUUUAGUGAACACAAAAGCCAAGGUGAUUUUUAAAAGACUUUAGACUUGCAAAAAAAGAAGAACCCCAUUUGUUCAGUAUGUUGUAACAAACAAACAGUUAACACACCUUGAGAGUAAAAAAAAGAAGAACCCAUUCGUUCAGUAUGUAACAAACAGCAUUAAAGAAAGCACUUUUUUAGUUGGGUCUACUGAGUCUAUAUUUAAGCUCUGUGAAACUUUCAAUUGAAAAAUAAUACUGUCACUUUGUCUUAGUCAAGGAGAGACCAAGGGUUAUGGUUCUGUUAUUUUGUACAGGGGAUGGGAACAACUGGAAGUUACUUGUAAUCCCAUUGUACAUCACAGUCACAACCUUUGGAAUGUUGAAGGGCAUGAGAAUGAUCGAGGUAAAAACCUUUUUAAUAUCUACCAAGUCUCUAUGCUAUAAUUGCACAAAAUAUUUUCCAGGCAAGGUUGGUUCGAAUCAGUUCUUAUUUUUAAUCAACUCCAGGUUGUUUUCGGUGUUUUAUAAUGCAUAAACAAAAAUUUCACUGUAAAAAAAAGGCUUUCAGAAAGAGAUGCCAGCCACACUGCUAGAGAAAGGGGUCUGUGCCACACCGGUCUAAACUUGUUACUUGGAUGAGGGGUAACCAGGAAGGUUUUGAUACAAAAGGAGAGGACCUUACUUUACAAUAGUAUCUGACUAGUACUGGUACACUCCAUAUUAUGUCAACUGAGUUUCACAAUAAGUUCUCUUUUGAUUUGUCGUUUAAAACUGUUAUUUGAAUGUCGUUUUCUCCUCUUUCGAUUUAGUGCCAAAAGAUGCUUCUGAUUUUUAUAAGCCUUCCUUCAUUGGUAGCGUGUAUGAAUCGCACAUUGUUAUGGCCCAGGUAUGUUAUGUUUGUUCAUUACAAUAGAAUGAUGUCUUUAAUCUUUUCCAUGUAAAGUUAUUCACCAUGUAGGCUGUGCUGAUUUAGGAGCAAUUCAUUUCAAAUUUCAAACUUUUUUGGGGGGUGUUUUUACUUUCAGACCAACUCUGGAUUUAAACCAAAAGAAGGAGAAGUCACUUCACAGCCCUGGCAAUGGCCUAUUAACUACAGGGUAAUGAUGGUAUUUUUGUUAUGUAUAAGUUAGUUAAAAGCUUUAAAUUAAUAAUGGUCAUCAUUCAUUUGUUUAUUGACUAUUCCUUUAGCCUUUGAUCAUCUUUUAGUAAUAUUUUUUCUUUUUUUUGUUUUCACUCAGGGCCAAGUUUUCUCUGGGGCAGAUUAUCGUGUUUAUCUUCUUGGUAACCCGGUAUGUGCACUAUAAGUUAAAUUUAUUAACGCUAGACAUAUGUGUCUUGCAAAACCUUGUUAAUCUUGGGGUGGGCGGGGUGGGAGAGGAAAAGAGUAGGGCCACCUGAGUUAUACUUUAUUGACUGGAGUUAGGAACUGGAUACGUACAGGUGACCAACUGCAAAUACCGGUGUCCCGUUUUGUAGACUCUUGUUUCUUUCUUUCCUUUUUUUCUCUGAUUCAUUGUUCUAUUAAUGUGUAAUGCGCAAAUAAAGCAACGUGAUUAACUAACCUACAUGUAGUGUGAGUAAAAUUGGCAAUAUUCUGAUAGGUUUUGGGUGAUAGACAAUUGAAAGGUGCAGCAAUGCUUACUCAUGACAUGAUGUUUAAUCAUGAUUGUAUUCUAGUUUUUUUUUGCUAAUGAGAAUAUUAUUCAUUCACAAUGUCAGGUUAUUUGGUGGUUUGUACUAGCUGUCAUGUGUGUGUUUGGUUUGCUGUAUGGUUUUCACGCCAUCAGAACACAGAGAGGAUUUAUUGACCCACCACAAGAGCUGGGUAAAUGAUCUUUCAUGACUGUUAAGUUAUCUCUUAGUUUAUUGGAAAAGGGCUGUGGUAAGCUGGCAACACUUGUGAAUUUUGAAGUACACAUUACUUUGAGCUGUCAAUAUAAUUAUGGAAAACUGAGGAAUUUGUUUCCAGUAUACAUAAUAUUAUUGAUCACCUUAUGCCCUGUUUUUAUCGGUUUUUUAUUCACUAUGUUAACCAGAUGAUUCUAACUUAAACAUUGCCACACCACAGAACUUCUCAAGUCCGUACACUCUAACGUUAGAAUAUUAUUAUUCGUCAUGUUUGAUCAAUAUAGCAAGAGAACAUUUUGAAGUGAGAAACAUUUUGAGCCUUGGGUGAAGGAUUUAUGAAGGUUGUAAUAUUCAUGUGUUAUUUUUUUCAGCUCGGAGAAAGAGGAUGGAAUCUGCAUGUGGUUGGCUGUUCCUUGGCUGGGCUUUGCAUUACUUUCCAUUUUAUGCCAUGGGACGUGUUUUGUAUUUUCACCACUACUUUCCAGCUUAUCUCUACAGUGCUAUGAUGGCAGGUUAGUGUGUGGCCCCAAACAUGUACAAAAUCAGAGAUGAAUGCAGAAGUCACAAAAACCCCAUGUGUUAGGUUAAUUAUUGAUAAACUAGAUUGUCAUCAUGCCAGGGCACUAAGUAAGAGAUUGAUUCCAAUUUGGGCAAGACUCUGUGAAAUAAAGGUCUGAUUGAUGUUGUAUUUUUAAGGCUGUCCCUUAAAUUUCAAGUUACUUUGUAAUAAUAUGCACUUACUCUUAUUUUGUGGGUUUUCAAAGGCUAUAAGAGGAUCUCUUGGUUCUAAUUUCCUUCUGUGUCCCUUUAAAGUAGCCAGGGAGUCAUGCUCAUAAUCGCCAGGGGAAAUCCUCAGCCCGUGGGCCUUAAUGAGAGCCCUGUGUUGUCUUGUAUCGUUCUUUGAUCAGUGCAUAUGGAGUGUCAAAAUAGUAGUUACCUUCAAUACAAUCUACUUGUGUUAGAAGGACAAGGUGGAAGGGUAAGGUUGGGUAGAUAACUGUACAAGGAUUAUUUUAGAAAGAAGGCAUAAACCCUCCACUCUCAUACACAACCAGAAGGCCUUAAUUUUCUGGGGUGUGAUACACUGUAAAUUGUACCAUUUCUUGUACCAGAAAUACUCCUUGUUAGAUAUUACGUCUUUAGAGAGGGUGUCACACAAUCAGGACAAGUCCGCUCUUUUUCUCCUAGGACAAGCAGCUCUCAAAUUUUCCUUGCCCCAGCAACUCUUAAUUAAUUUUACUUUUUUAACAACAAACCACUUGCCUGGGCCCUUGAUCCUCAGACAAGUGUUUGGCGGGAAAUUCUACUUGUCCUGAUCAAUGACCGGACAGCAACUUUUUCGAGGCCUGACUGUUGGUCACUCACAAGACUUACUUGUGAACAAAUUGAAAUAUUCAGCAUUUAGUGACAUCUUGUGCCUUACAGAACUCUUGGCAAUUGUAAAAGGGAGUAUUUUACUGUUGUUCAGUUAUCUCUUUUGUUAACUUCCAGGCAUUUUAUGUCAGUAUUUGUGUAAAUCAUUUUCCAUGAUUCCAAAAUUGGACAAGUGGAAACAAGUGGCAUACCAUGGCACUAUCUGCUUCAUUCUUGCAGGAUGUAUUAUUAGGUGAGAAACAUUUUGUUUAAUGUUCCUAGUGAAUCCAAAUAUAAUCUCCCAAUAAUACCAACCUUUUUCAGUCAUUUUCCAAAGUUCUCUUUUCUGACUGUGUACCAGCCCUUAAGUCUUUUCUCGGCAAAGCACUUCUUUAAUUGUGUUUUCUGUCAUGUAACCAGCAGCUAUGUGAAUGUUUUUUCGUUUUUGGAGCAAAAGAAGGUCAGUUUACAGGAUGGAAAAAAAUCUAACUUCAACUUCACAGGAUUGGCUCAUCUGCAAUUUUGUUGGAUAGACCAAUAUGGAUGAAACGUUUUGUUUUAAUCCCUUACAAGUAGUCAUCUUAAGACUGGCCAACUUACCCAUUGACCUACUCCAACUGUACCUCUUUCAGAAUUGUUGGCAGAUUUAUUGACAGUACGAAUGCCUCCUUAUUUUCUCUCAUAGUUUUUGGACAUUCCGUGGAUUGACAUAUGGUAUGUCAGGCCCUAUGGCUCACUUACCAGAAGCUACUGCUGCAGUGUACAAGUGGAUGGAUAGCUGGGAGGUUUAAUGUUAACAAAUGGAUCAUUUAGUUAAUCUCUCAGUACUGAGUCACAUGGCAUUGACAAAAUCAAACAAUUUUACGGGUAUACUAUUUAAAGUUACAUGUAGAAUCAGUGCCAUAAACAAGAAACAAACCUUUACAGAGAACCGACAUGGGUAAGAUGUCACAUCAGUAACAGUGAUGGACAAUUUUUUAGCUCGAAGGUUUAGAGACCCUUUAAACAGUCCAGGGAUAUCAACUCAACUAAGCCAAUACAUCCAAGGCUUUACCUUGAGGAAACUCUUGCAUUCAUGAAGUAUCUAUUACUGAGGAAAAUGAGGUAGUAGAUUUCAAAAUUACAGGAAGUAUUCCAGUUAUUAUCAGACUGAAGGAAAGUCAAUAGUUGUUACAAAUGUUUUGGUCACACUUUAACUGUUCAGUUUUAUUUUAUUUUUAGAGAAUUCACAGUGCUAUAGUUACAGGGAAGUGUUCAAUGAUAUGUAACACUUGGUGUAAAUUGUUGUUUGUCCAAAGUCUAAUGAAAUUUACAAAAAAAUUGAGAAACAGCUAGUACUUGUCUUAACCUUGAUAUUUUAAACCUUUGUAUUUAACACUAUGGGAUUGUACAAGUUUUGAUGAAGAGAACAAAAGACUGAAUGGGAUGGGACAACAUUUUUUUUCUAUUUUGGUUAGUAGAAAGAGAAAAAAGUUGUUAGGUUUUGUAUGUGUCUAAAAAUGGGUGAUUCCAGAAAAUAUCCAUACCAGUUAUACCACGGAUGACUUCCAUAUUUUAACCCCCCUCCUCCCCUUGCCUUCGAAAUUUCCAAAUUGCACUAUCCUCCCAUACCCUCGGAAUUUCAUAAUAAAAUUUUUUCAUCAAACCCUUCGGCAUUACUUACUAAGUUUUCUCUUUGCCACUUUUCAACAGAUGCAACCUACAUUACCUUUAAAUUGCCCCGAACUGGUACAGAACAUUAAAGAGCUGCGAUCUUAAAUGGUGUCCUCGGUCAAUAGACCAUGGUUUGCAAUGAAUUGACAAAACAAUUUUACGCUGUUUUUACAAGAGAAAAAAGGAUAUUUUUCUUGCAUUAAUGCCUCUGGAGCUUGAUGUACAACCAACGUUUUGUUGGUUUUCUUAUACAAAUGAACCAAAAGUCAUCACUGAUCAAUGGAUAAUCAUGCUUUAUUUGCAAACUGAUAAGUCCAUAAAAUAAGCGUUUUCAAGGAAUACACUUGUUCUGAAUUCCAAUCAUAAGUAACCCC